UAUACAUAAUCAGGGGAGAGAUAACGAAAUACAUGAUAGCUACCGUUUCACCGAUCGAUAUUUAAACUACCUUUGCGACCCUGUGUAUGUAAAUGAAAACACACAUCAGGAAGUUGGGCUGAAGUAGAGCGCAUGCUCGCGACAAAGACCUCUUGUGAUAUUUGUGACUUUGAGGCGGACACGCGGACUGACAAGUUAAAAAAUGGCGUGCAAGACACCAGAUGACGAAUACACAGUUGUGGAAGAGCUGGCAGAUGUUGCUGAUGCGCUUACUGAAAUAAGGAGCCACGCUUUAUUGGCAAUAGACUGCGAGGGGAUAAAUCUAGGCAGGGCUGGAGACUUGACUGUUCUUACAGUAGCUACCCCAAUCAAGUCUUACAUCUUUGACAUUCUGAAAUUGGGAAAGCAGGUUUUUGAUGAUGGCCUUCGUGAUAUUCUUGAAGAUAAAACCAAGAAGAAGCUCAUGUUCGACUGUCGAGGUGAUGCCGAUAGUCUACAGCAUCAGUUUAAAGUUCGUCUGUCUGGGGUGUUGGAUCUGCAACUUCUAGAAGUGAUGCACAGGACGAAGUCACCAUCUGCCUCAGCGUCUGCUACAUCCGGGUCUCUUGGAAGCACACAAACCGAUGAGGUAGAAAGUGUUUAUGGAUUCCUGCGGUGCGUAGAGCUCUAUAUUGAUGAUAAGAAAAUGAUUGAUGAAAAGAAGAGAGGCGUAAGAUUAUUACAAGAUGACGAGAAUGUAUGGCAGACCAGACCUUUAUCUGACUCGUUGAAGAGUUACUGCAAUGUUGAUACAUCCGGGUUGUUUAGUCUGUUUGAGAAACUGAAAGGUGAUAAUGAUGAUGCCUUACCGCGUCUUCGAGUCGCGUCAGAGCGAUACGCUGAUUACUUCCGUUCCAUGCCUGUAAGAACAAACGGAAUGUUCGAGAAUCAUGCUCUCCUUCCAUUAUAUAUUAUUCCAGAUGAAGGAUCUAUGAGUUUUCCAUUUGCUUCGACCAAAUGCGUUGGCUGUAAUCGGCUGUUUCCGAGACACGAAUUCAGCAAGACACAACUUCGCAAGGGACAACAAAAGUGUCGAGUGUGUAAGAAGGUGAAGCUACAAGCCGACGUACAGAAAAAUAGGGAAGAUAACUGGGCACGAGACGAGUUCAACCAUUCACCCCCACUCUACUACUCAUCUGACGAAGAAUGGCAGACCAAUGGCUACUAUGGUCUUCAGUAUAGUGAUAACUAUAGUGACAAUUUUGGUGACGACUACGGUGAUGAUGAUUGGUAGUGACGAUGUAGGCGACUUACAUACAGUGAACUGUCCAGAUUGUUCUGUUGGGAAAUAUUUUAAAAUAUAUCAUAUGAUCCUAAAAAAGACCGAUACAAAGAUACAAUGGUACAAAGUAGUUGACAACUUCACCACAGCAAUCAAGUACAUAGUUGCGAAUCGUCGUCUAUGCAUAUAAUGAACUGUUUUAAAUUAUGAGUAAAUCAUAUAAAGUCACUUAGCAACUGGUACUUUAAUAAAGUUGUUAAUUGAUUAUGACUUUGCUAACAAAACGAUACCUAGAUAUUCUAUUAAAACGAUUGUGGUUGCCUUCCCACGCAUCUACUGUGAUAAAGUUACAAUUAUGUGUAGUAAAUUAUGAAAUGAUAUUGUUCAAUAUUAAGCUUUUUACGAUACAUGUAUGUGUAGGUUUUAAAUAUGGGUGCGUUGCAGUUUUAAAUAAGUAUCAUACCUUUAAGACACAUAUACAAUCGUUAUUUUGUAGAAAUAUAUUAUCUGAGUAGUAUUUACUUUCUCUAUUCUAUCAUAAUUUAAGCCAUGUAUUAUGUUUUAUAAAUUAUUUAUCUAUGCUAAUAUUGAUGUGACUGUCACAUUCCUUUAUGUUUGUUUUUUUAUAUGGCCUCUUGAUAGGAUUGAAAUUAGUUUUAAAUCUUAUUGAAAUCUUUACACCUUUCAAUUUGUUUGUUAUAGCGGGAUGGCGUGUAGUGAGACGUCUUUACCUUUCUCAGAUGUUUUAGAUCAACGAUUAGUAAUACGAUUACAAUUGAUCUGUAUUUUAAGGCUACAAAGGCACAUAAUUAUCUAAGUUUUAUUUUAAUAAUUCCUGUAUAACACCAGAAGUAUCCAAGCGUAGGACACUAAUGUGUGAUAUAUGUCCUAUGAUUAUCGAAUGUAAUUCUGGCAUAUUCAAGAAUGGUUUAAAAUUUACUUUGAUUGCUUAUUUGAUUUUAAAUAAAAACGUAAUGUAUGCAAUAAUUUUGUUGAUAGACAACAAACUAAAACUUAAUCAUUACGAAAUUUACAUGUAAGUAAACAUAUUCAUGAAUGUGCCGGUGAUCGAUUUAAUGCAUUUUUAAUAUCGAUUUCAUUCAACCGACUCCCUUUUAAGAGAAUGGAAAGAGGAUAAUUCAUCAGAUAUUAAAACUUAGUUCCAACAGGGCAGAAGAAAAGUUUGCGCUAGGUGCUCCAGUAUUUUUUUGUACAUUGUGAUGUCUCGUUGAUAUUGUAGUUUGAUGACAUGUGAUGGUGACGUCAUGACGUUUUCCUUUUAAAUAUAACAUGCAAAACCUCGUAAAGGAUGAACCUGCUAAUUUUCAAGUCGAUCGUUAUAUCUUAUUAUUUCUAUACUUACCUACUUCCCAUUGACAUUUAAUCUUUUUAAUUAUAUAUAUCUACAUCUAAAACUUCCUUGUUUAAUUAAAUGCCAAUUUCAACGUUUUUAAAAUUACCAAAUGUUUAUUUUGGUAGAUGUUUAUAAAUACGGAAUGUUGGUAUUAAGAUACUUGUGUAAAGAAAAUGAUUUUAGUCCAUUUCGUACUUUACUGUCUAUUUUGGCUUUUUAUCAUCAUAUGAAAUAAUCUCAGCAUUAUUUUUAAUUAAGUCUUAUCAAGAAAACAGAAUCUACAAAAAUUAAAGCAAAAAUAUCAUUAAUUCAAGGGUGAUUUUAUAUUCUUUAGCUAAUUUUUAUAUUGGUUCAAAAAAAAUGUCAAAUCCGUGAUUAUAGAAACACGUACACGGUGUCUAUAGAAAAUAAAGGACUGAAAAGGGUUUACGUUUCACCAAGUUUCUUCAUAAGUGAAAAGGGACACAACUCUUAGUAGAUCAGGUAUCUACAACUGAAAGUGAAAGUAAGCUUUGGUGUAAAGCGAAUCGUCUAUUUUAAGAUAUGAGGAAUUCCUGAAAGCUGAGGUACAAUGUAGAUUGCUGACGUCAGAGAACAAUUGUCACUGCAUAAUUUACAGUAGUCGCAUUUACUAUCUAGAGCUGGCAGAGUAUAACAACCGACGAACAGCUCACAAAUGGCUCGCAAACCACAAGAUUACAACUACGUUGUUGUUGAGGACCUGACAGAUGUAGCCAGCGCACUAACAGAAAUAAGGAGGCAUGAGUUAUUGGCGGUCGAUUGCAAGGGAUUCAAGUUAGGGGGAGGAAGAUCGGGUGAAUUGACCGUCAUCACUGUUGCUACUUCAACCAAAGCUUUCAUUUUCGACGUUCUUAAAUUGGGCAAACAAGUUUUUGACGAUGGUCUUCGCGCUAUACUUGAAGACAAAGCAAAGGACAAACUCAUGUUUGAUUGCCGACGUGAUGCUGAUAAUCUCCGUCAUCAGUUAAAUGUUGAACUAUCUGGCGUGCUGGAUCUUCAACUGCUGGAAGUCAUGCAUAGGAACCGAAGAACACCAGAACGGGAAGAAGGGUCCAGACGGUCCUCAAGGACUGACGAGGUGCAAUUGAUGAACGGAGUCCUUCGAUGCAUCGAAGUAUACGUAAAAGACCAAGCAAUGAUUGAAGCUAAAAAAAGAUGUCUCAGACAGGUGGUAGGUGACAGUCAUGUGUGGAAAACAAGACCAUUUUCCCAAAACUUGAAGAAUUACUGCUGUGUUGACACAUCAGGGUUGUUCAUCUUGUAUAAGAAGCUGAAAGGCGACGGAAGACAUAUGCCUCGUCUUCGCGUUGCGUCACGUCGUUACGCUGAUAUUUUUCGUUGCUUGCCAACGAGAGCAUAUGGAAUAUUUGAGAUGAAUGCAUUCCUGCCACUAGAUAUCGUUCCAGAGGAUGAUUCCUUUGAAUUUCCCGAUGCUUCCACCAAAUGUAUCGGCUGCCUUCGUCUGUUCCCAGUCGACGAAUUCUGUAAGACGCAACUUCGUAAUAAAAACAGAUACUGUAGAGUAUGUGAGAAGGCGAAGCUUCGAGCUGCUACAUCACAGCAGGUAUCAAAGUGAUAGAAAUAUGUCAAGAAACUUUAAAUAACAUCAGGAAAAAAACAGUUGACGGCAUAACUAUGGCGGAUACGUGGACUGUUAAGUUAGUGACAGAGGAAGAUUAAUGUUAUAGAUUGUGAAUAUAUAUAUUAGCAUUGUUACACCUUUAUAUUUUACCAUAUUACUAAUCAGGUGCUACAUGAUAACCCUUUCCCCACCUCAAACGUGUGUGUAACUUAUCUUAUAAUCUUUUACUUUAACAUUUAAUCAACCAUAAUUGAUUAAACCUGCUUCAUUUUGCUGUUUUGUGAUGUAAGAAAUAGUUCUAAAUGACGUCAUGAUGUUAUGACAAGAAAUGAGAAAAGUCCUUAGUAUUUUGCUGGGUCGAAAAUCUUGCAAUAAACUUCAGACAUUGUCACUGCUAACUCAUUCACAAUGGAAUUGUACCAUUCAAUUUUCGAAAGAUAAUCUGCAGUUCUGACGAAGUUGUCUUAAAUAAAUUUAUAUUUGUAUUCAAUAAUUGUAAAUAUAUGUGCAAAAUUUUAUAUUUGUAUUCAAUAUUUGCA